AUGGACAAGAAGCAUUUUUUUAGUCAAUUAGUGUUAUAUUUGCUUCUUAUAAAUAAUGAUAAUCUGAUGUCUUGUUAUUUGGAAGACUGCACGAGCGAUUAUUUAAUAAUGACUAUUCGAAUGUUGCGAUAUGGUCUACAUACUCUACAUAUUCUUGUUAUAGUAAAUAUUAUAUUUUUUAUUCUUAUUUAUCGUCGCUUAAUCCCGUUUGGUCCAAGUAAUAACUCUGAGAGUAAUGAAUCUUCUUUAUUCGAUUUACCAUCUAUAUGUUUAAUACCAAAGUUCGAUCCAUGGCAUCCUACUAUUGCAAAAGUAAUUCGUAUAUCACCUGUUUAUCGUUGUCCGACGAAUAAAAAACCACUCGUUGAUAUUAUUAAUUAUUCACAAUUAAAAAUAAAUCAAACUGUAAAUCAAACAUUAUAUAGAGGUAAAAUAACACAUUGUGUCUACUAUAAAAUUGGACGUAAUCCCGAUGAAGUACAUUUUCGAGAUUACUCUUAUACGUUAAGUAAACCAAUAUUAAUUCAAAGUGGAGUAACGAAUGAAGUUCAAGAUGCUGAUUAUGUUCUAACAAGAUGUUAUAAUGAUCCAACAAUUCUAUUUAAUGGAAAUAUCUCCUGUGAUUACAGUUGUGCAAAAGAUCAACAAUCAACAAUCUCCAACCAUCCUAAUUCAACAACCAGCUAUGUCAAAAGUCAAAACCUUGCAUCUAAAUCUAAUAAACUCAUUCAAGAACACGUUCUCACAUUAAUGAGACGUAAAAAGCCACCAUUUUCUUAUGAAGAAUGGGUUCGUUCUUCUCAAAACUGGUGGCAAAAGCUCAGUCAACCAAAGAUAAUGCCACCAAGUAUCUUAUUCAUUAUUUUGGAUGCUGUUAGUGGUUUACAAGCACAACGCGCUCUACCACAAACAGUUGCCUAUUUAAAGUCAAAAGGUCUCUAUUCGUUCAGUCGUCAUUCAAUCGUAGGUGAUGGAACAUUUGAUAACAUUGUACCACUGUUUUUUGGUAAACGCUCCGCAGAUUUAUUAGUACCAAAUGUCAAAGAUUUACGUUAUAAAUUUGAAACAAAGGAAGCAAGAAUGCAAGAUAAAAAAAAAGUGUGGGUAAAAAAGGUUGUUCAUUAUCCAGGACCAUUUGAUAAUGAUUCAUUUAUAAUGAAAAAUUUUUCAAGACAGUUCAACUACACUACGUUCUUUAGCGAAGAAUGGAAAGAAAGUGCAUUUUAUAAUUUAAAAAAUGGUUUUCAUGAGCAACCCACCGAUUUUUAUCUACGACCAUUUUGGUUAAGUGUUUAUGACAGUUCAUCCUAUAAUAAAUUCUGGGGUAAUUCCAAUCCAAAACCAUGCUACCUAAACAAAUUAUUACAUCAUCUAUCAUUAGACUGGUUAAAACAGUUCCUUGAAGUACAUUCAGGCAUAGAUCAACCAAAAUUUGGUAUAUUAAAAUUAAAUGAAAUGUCACACGAUUAUAUGGAACGUUUGUUUUGGAUUGAUCAUGAUUUAAAAGCAUAUUUAGAAGAUUUUUAUGAUAGAGGUUUAUUGAAUAAUACAAUUUUAAUGUUUUGUGGUGAUCAUGGUCAUCGACAGCAUCGAAUACGUUUAACAAGGAUUGGAGGCAUGGAAGUUAAAUUACCAUUUUUCUCCAUGUUAUUACCUAAUUGGUUUAAAGAAAAAUUUCCAACAGCAGUUACAAAUUUGGCAAAUAAUAGAGGAGUUUUAACAUCUUGGUGGGAUGUUUAUGAAACUUUAGUUAAUAUUUUAAAUAUGCUGGAAAAUCCGUCUAUAUUUGAUCCACUAAAAGUAAAUUGGAAAUCAUCGACACCUGGCAUUAGUUUAUUUCAUCCUAUUCCUGAUCGUAAUUGUAUAUUAGCUGGUAUUCCAGAAAAAUAUUGUCCAUGUGUACGUUCGAAUCCGAUCAGUAUUGAAACCGUUAUUAUCAAACAACUUGCACUCUAUAGUGUUUCAUAUAUCAACAAUCAAAAAUUAAAAUAUCAUCAGCAUUUAUGUAUGCAAUUAGAAUUAAAAACAAUUAUUCAAGCUGAAGUUGAAGUUUUACCAACUGUAAAAAAUAAUAAGAAAAAUGUCACAUUAAGUAAUUUUACUCAUUCGUAUACGGUUCUAUUCGAAACAGAACCCUCGAAGGCUAUAUUUGAAUCUAAACUUCUAUAUGAUCCAUCAAGAAAUGUUAUUCAACUUCAUUCGGAUAUGUUGAGAGUUAAUCUCUAUGGACAAUCAUCAACAUGUAUCCAAGAUAAAUAUGAGUUGAAAAGUUUCUGUUACUGUAUAAGUUAUCAUCAACAACUACUGGCUAUGACAUCAUCAACGCCCACAAUUACCACAACAUCUAAUGCAAUUACCACAGCAUCUAAUGCAACUACCACACUCUCUCAAUUAUCUAGUUCCAAACAGAUAAAUAGGAUAGAAAAAAAAUUAUAG